ACUUAUAAGGGUAGAUAAUACUCAACAUUCAUUCAACAACAAUAACAGUUACACUCUCCCUAGUAAGCUCUCUCUCUCAACAACAACAACAACGUUGUAUCCUGUUUCUCUUCUCUUUCUCGUUUCAUUUUUCUCUCUCUACUCAAAAGCAAAGCAUCAAGGAGGUUGAAUUGAAUCCAUGGAUUCUGACUAUGGUAUUCCCAGAGAACUCUCAGAUCUUCAAAAGAUUCGAUCUUUGUACCAGCCUGAGCUCCCUCCUUGUCUCCAGGGAACUACUGUUAGGGUUGAGUUUGGUGAUGCAACCACUACUGCUGACCCUUCUGAUGCCCCUUCCAUAAGCAGAUCCUUUCCACACACCUAUGGACACCCUUUGGCUCACUUUCUCAGGGCCACUGCUAAAGUCCCUGAUGCUCAGAUUAUAACUGAGCAUCCAGCUACUAGGGUUGGAAUUGUUUUUUGUGGGAGACAGUCUCCUGGUGGACACAAUGUUAUUUGGGGUCUUCAUAAUGCUCUCAAAAUUCACAAUCCUAACAGUGUUUUACUUGGAUUUCUUGGUGGUUCAGAAGGUCUAUUUGCCCAGAAAACUCUGGAGAUAACUGACAGUGUUCUCUCCACAUACAAAAAUCAAGGUGGUUAUGAUUUGCUUGGGCGGACAAAAGAUCAAAUUAGGACCACCGAACAAGUUAAUGCUGCACUUGUUGCAUGCAACACUUUGAAACUUGACGGUCUUGUCAUCAUUGGGGGGGUGACAUCAAACACGGAUGCUGCACAGCUUGCUGAAACAUUUGCUGUAGCAAAAUGUCCCACAAAGGUGGUUGGUGUUCCUGUGACUCUGAAUGGAGAUCUUAAAAACCAGUUUGUGGAAACUAAUGUUGGUUUUGACACAAUUUGCAAGGUGAAUUCUCAGCUCAUCAGCAAUGUCUGCACUGAUGCUCUCUCUGCAGAGAAGUAUUAUUAUUUCAUCCGUCUUAUGGGACGGAAGGCAUCACAUGUUGCUUUGGAAUGCACCCUCCAGUCCCAUCCAAACAUGGUAAUUCUUGGUGAGGAGGUUGCUGCAUCAAAGCUUACCCUUUUUGAAAUUACAAAACAGAUUUCUGAUGCAAUUCAGGCUAGAGCAGAGCAAGACAAAUACCAUGGAGUAAUCCUCCUACCAGAAGGGCUGAUAGAGAGCAUUCCUGAAGUGUAUGCACUCUUAAAGGAAAUUCAUGGUUUACUCAGACAAGGUGUUGCUGUUGACAAUAUAUCUUCUCAGCUUUCACCAUGGGCAUCUGCUUUAUUUGAAUUUAUGCCACCUUUUAUUAGGAAACAGCUGCUCCUUUACCCUGAAUCAGAUGACUCAGCACAGUUAUCUCAGAUUGAGACUGAGAAACUACUAGCAUACCUUGUGGAAGCAGAGAUAAGCAAGCGUCAGAAAGAAGGCACAUACAAGGGAAAGAAAUUCAAUGCCAUUUGCCAUUUUUUUGGUUAUCAAGCUCGUGGAUCUCUGCCAUCAAAAUUUGACUGUGAUUAUGGAUAUGUUCUUGGACACAUCUGCUAUCAUAUACUAGCCGCCGGUUUAAAUGGAUACAUGGCAACUGCAACUAACCUGAAGAAUCCUGUAAACAAGUGGCGAUGUGGGGCUGCUCCAAUUGCAGGUAUGAUGACAGUGAAGCGCUGGUCUCCAAAUCCUGGAUCCACUUCAGUUGGAAAACCUGCUAUUCAUCCAGCUACUGUUGACUUGAGAGGAAAAGCAUAUGACAUGUUGAGACUAAAUGCAACAAGCUUUCUUAUGGACGAUAUUUAUAGAAAUCCAGGUCCACUUCAGUUUGAUGGUCCUGGUGCAGAUGCCAAGCCUAUAACUCUUUCUGUUGAAGACCAGGACUACAUGGGUCGCAUUAAGAAACUUCAGGAGUACCUUGAACAGGUUCGAGAUAUUGUGAAGCCAGGAUGCCCUCAGGAUGUUUUGAAAGCAGCUCUUAGUGUCAUGGGGUCUGUUACAGAAGUUCUAGCUGCCAUGUCAUCAUCUUCUAGCAACAACCUGUCUUCCCUUUAAGAAGAGUUACACAUGGAAGUUGUAUUCUUUUUGACAUUUUCUUGCGUAACAUUUUUAUUUCUUUAUUUUUAUAGCCAUGGAUGUAGUUGAUGAUUGAAAAUAAGUGUUAAGAUCUGACAUGGUGGAUGCCAACAUGAGAUUACUGUAUUCAAAGUUUUGACUGUGUUCCUAUAACUGGGUGAAUUUUUGUGGUUCCAUGUUGCAUUGUUUAAUAAUUUAGCU